CUUUUUGAUCGCUACCCUCGACGAGAACUUGAAGCUCCAGUCUCCGUUAGAACGGUUAAAUCGAUUGCGCUCCUGUUCCUACCAGAAACACACUUCGACAACCACAUUCAAAAUGAAGCACCUCGCGGCCUACCUCCUCCUCGGACUCGGUGGAAACACCUCCCCCUCUGCUGCCGAUGUCAAGGCUGUCCUUGAGUCCGUUGGCAUUGAGGCCGAUGACUCCCGUCUCGACCAGCUCAUCUCCGAGCUCGAGGGCAAGGACAUCAAUGAGCUGAUCGCUUCCGGCUCCCAGAAGCUUGCUUCCGUUCCCUCCGGCGGUGCUGGUGGUGCUGCCCCCGCUGCUGGUGGCGCCGCUGCCGCUGGUGGUGCUGCUGACGCGCCCGCUGAGGAGGCCAAGGAGGAGGAGAAGGAGGAGUCCGAUGACGACAUGGGCUUCGGUCUCUUUGACUAAGCGCAUCGCCAAACGGAUACCCCACCAACGUCAACGAAGUAUGAUCACGCCAAUCUCUCGACAAGCACGGGAAUCAUGCGGUACGAACAAGAGCAUUUGGGCGGUGUCGAGCGUGCUGUGGGGAGGAUAUGAAGAACAGUUAGGCGGCAAUACUUUGAUAUUUGUCUGCUAGGAUACCCUGAAUGAAGCCAUGCACCCUCC